UCAUAGGAGAGUGAAGUGGAAACAGAUUCUUCGUGCUUUUUGCUCGAAAUGAAAUUUACUUCCGUGUCUUGCCAUUUCUGUGCCACAAUGGACACACUCUGUUCAAGCUGUAAAGCAAGGAUACUCAACAAAUGUCCCAAUUGUAGGCAGCAGCUCGGUGAUAUAAGGUGUCUAGCUCUGGAGAAGAUGGCCGAAUCACUUCAACUGCAUUGUAAGUAUGAGGAGUUUGGAUGCCCUGAGAUCAUCCCUUACUACGCCAAGCUCAUGCAUGAAGACUCGUGUAACUUCCGGCCGUACAGCUGCCCAUGGCCUGGAUUGCCGUGCUCUGCUGUUGGGGAUAUUCCAUUCCUUGUUUCUCACCUGACAGAUUAUCACAAGGCAGUCAUGUUCAAUGGCUGCGACUUCGAGCUUAGAUUUUUAAUUGAAGAUCUCCGUAAACACUCAGGCUGCAGAUGGAUAGCAGUUAUCAUCAAUUGUUAUGGCAAAUACUUCUGUGUUCAUACUGAAGCCUCCUUUUCAGCGUCGACUCCCAUUUGCGUGGUAUUCCUCAGCCUGAUGGGCAACCAAGCAGAGGCCUGCAACUACAGCUACAGCCUGGAGAUAGGGGAAAAUGGGCGGAAGCUUACUUUUGAGGGCAUCCCACGAAGCAUUAGAGAGAGUGAGAGGAGGAGUUUGGAGAGUGCGGACAGCCUCAUUGUGCUGGGAAGCAUGGUGCAUUCCUUAGAGGGGAGACGAGAGAGCCAAAACUUGAAAUUACAGGUGGGAUAAGGAAAUCCCAGAUUCCAGUGUGUGCAUGUGUGGAUAAAACUGGUUGAUCGAUUGAUAUGAGAUUCUUCCCUCUGUAGUUUAUCUUUCUUUCCACUCUGUAAACAAAGACGAAGAAGACGAGCAGAACACGAAAGAAUUGGUUGGGUAGAUUCGUGGAUUGAAUUAA